AUGAUGCUCUUUGUUCCUGUCGCCCAAAGGCCGUUCAACCAGCAACGAAAGAAAAGUUUGCUUUCUGGCUCCAAAACUAUCGGCUGCUGCGGACCACCAACUACAUUCACGAAACUUUACCACCGACCUACUUGGAAGACGGCCCGUAGCACACGGGGCCAAAAUGUCGGUAUUGGUCACUCACAGGAUAAACACAAAUCCACAAAAGAAAAGGUGACCAGAAUCAUAAUGGCGAUUUUCAGGAAUCUACUGGAGAAGCCGGAGGAUCGCGAGAUCAUUCGAGAGAACGCCAUUCAGAUGGUUCAGUGUCAGGUUUAUAAAACGUUAGAGCUGAUUAUGAGCAAAGCGUAUGAUGAUCCGGAGUUCAACGAGGAUACGCAAUUUGUCACGGAGCAGUUGCAAAGCAGCUAUUUUUUUAGCUCCUUUGACGAAUACCUCACGGAACUGAAAUCUGGUCGUCUUCAAUGGAGUCCGGUACACAAGACGGAAAAGUUUUGGAAAGAAAACGUGCAGCGUUUUAACGAAAAGAAUUUCGAGCUGAUAAAAAUUCUGGUCAAGAUUCUCGAAGUGACUAAUGACCCGCUCGUCCUUUGUGUUGCAGCGCACGAUCUCGGUCAGUACGUUCGACAUUAUCCUCGAGGCAAAACAGUCAUAGAGCAGUUAAACGGGAAGCAAAUGGUGAUGAGGCUACUAACUCAUGAAGAUCCAAAUGUCCGUUAUCAUGCUCUUUUGGCGAUUCAAAAGAUAAUGGUGCAUAACUGGUAA